AUGGUUCGUUACGCUGCCACUCCUGCUAACCCAGCAAAAUCAGCUUCAGCUCGUGGUUCAUAUUUAAGAGUUUCAUUCAAAAAUACCAGAGAAACUGCUCAAGCAAUUAAUGGUUGGAAAUUAGAAAAAGCUAAUCAAUAUUUAGAUCAAGUUUUAGAUCAUAAAAGAGCUAUUCCAUUUAGAAGAUAUAAUUCUUCAAUUGGUAGAACUGGUCAAGGUAAAGAAUUUGGUGUUACCAAAGCUAGAUGGCCAGCUAAAUCAGUUAAUUUCAUCAAAGAUUUAUUAAGAAAUGCUCAAUCAAAUGCUGAAGCUAAAGGUUUAGAUUCAACUAAAUUAGUUAUUUCACAAAUUCAAGUUAAUCAUGCUCCAAAACAAAGAAGAAGAACUUAUAGAGCUCAUGGUAGAAUUAAUGCUUAUCAAUCAACCCCAUCACAUAUUGAAUUAACUUUAACUGAAGAAUCAGAAGUUGUUGAAAAAGCUCAAGAAGAUAAAAAAGUAAGAUUAAAUGCUAGACAAAGAGGUAGAUUAGCUUCACAAAGAAGAUUAACUGCUGCUUAA